GAACGAAGCAGAGGCGUUUCCGUUAUCCAAAUAUAAUAUCCUCUCUCUCUCUCUCUCUCUCUCUCUCUCUCAGCUUGCUUGUUCUUUCCCUCUGGCCUCGCGAAUUAGGGUUUUGGCAAGCCUCUUUGUUCUUCGAAUCUGAAUAAUAGUACUACUAUCUUAGCCAUGUUUUCCGAUUCAAUCACCACCGCUUCGAUUUCUUCGGCCCACAACGCCAGGGAUUUGGGCAAGAAGAGAAGGGCCAACAGGUCCGCCAAAUUGAAGCAGUGCAAGCUCGAUGCUCGUCGCGAGCAAUGGCUUUCUCAAUGUACCGCAAAGAACAAGGAAUGCAAAGAAGAGCAAAACAGCGGCGGUCAGUGUCGCAAAGGGGAUAAACGUUCGUUGGAGAAUUUAGAGAUGAGUUCUAGAGGAGAAGAGAUGCAUGGGUCCAUUCAUCAAUACAGCUAUUUCGAGUCGCCGUCGAACAGUCCAACCAGUGCGAAUAGUAGCGUCUUGGGCGGUGCCGAUUCAGGAACAAACUUCACUGGCAGUAAUAGCAGCAGCGGCAGCAGCAGCAGCAGCAGUGGUGGGUCCUGUUCCGGGUGUAUUACCGAAGAUGAGGAAGGAGGAGGAGAAGAUGAUGGGUGCUUGGACGAUUGGGAGGCCGUGGCAGAUGCUUUAGCUGCUGACGACGAAGACAAGCGCCAGAACCUAAACCCGUGUUCCGAAUCACCCCUUAAGCGCGACUGCCGUUCCCAAUUGGUUUCCCCGCUGGAUGGGAUGAGCUUAGGAGGUGGGAGUUCGAAGCCAGAGUGUCCUAAAAUGGUUUCGGGGGCUUGGGGGAACAGCCGGGCGUGGAGGCCCGACGAUGCUUGUCGACCUAAUAGUUUACCCAAUUUGUCUAAGCAGCAAAGCUUGCCUAAUCCAGACCGGCAUUAUGGCGGAGGGGUUGCGUGGGCUUGUAACAGGGUGCUGCCUGCGCCAUCUUCAUGUCCUAUAUGCUAUGAGGAUUUGGAUAUCACGGACUCUAGCUUUUUGCCUUGCUUGUGCGGGUUUAGGCUCUGCCUCUUUUGCCACAAGAGGAUUCUUGAGGCGGACGGGCGCUGUCCUGGCUGCAGGAAGCCGUAUGAAACCAUUGUUGAGGCGGAGUCGAGUAUUAAUGGCGGCAACCCAACAUUCCGGAUGGCUCGUUCUUGUAGCAUGAUCGCAAGGUCUUAGGAGGAGUCCAUAUUUUUGUCGAUUAUGUAUGUUGGGUCUCUCUUUCGCGUGUCUUGUGUGUUCUUGGACUCUGUUUCUUUUAUUUUUUUUCCCUGUAGAGGUAGAUGCUGGCAUGGGGUUAUGAUCACCCGGGAAUUAAGCUACUUCUCUUAUGAGUUUGGUUCUUAUAUGUAUGGUGCAUCUGGGCUUAUGUUGGAAUGUGAAUAGAUAAGGUGGUAUAGAAAUUCAAUACAUGAAAGAUGAUUACAAUA